AUGCACGGCGGCGGGUCGGUGACUCGCCUUGAGGGCGACGCAGGGGAGCCAGGAAGCCAGCCAGCCGCCACCGCUUGCGUGCACACGCUGCAGUACACGCCCAGCGCUCGGCUCAAGAUCUUCCUCUCGUACGGCCACGACCGGUUCCAAGCUCUCGCUUUCCAUCUGAAGGCACAACUGCAGCGGCGUGGACACGUCGUGUGGCUUGAUAUCGAGAAGCUGUCAGCUGGAAUCGACUGGGAGGAGGGCAUUGCUCGGGGUUUGUCGUGGGUCCGGGACGCGGGUCAAGAUGGCCGAGUGCUGCUGGUCAUGACGCCGCAUGCGCUGCGCCGACCCGACGGCUACUGCCUCAAUGAGGUCGCGCGCGCUGCGUCGUUGAGGCUCAAUAUUUUCCUCGUGAUGGUGGCGGAGAGCGCGCCGCCACCGAGUAUCGCCAUGCUCCCGUUCUUCGACAUGCGCGACUGUGUCCCAGGUGAAGCGGAGCAGGUGCACGCGAAGGACAGCCCCGAGUGGCGAGAUCUCAUGAAGGCUUGCCUGGAGACACCAAACUUUCUGGAGAAGGCCGAGCGGCUGUACACGAUGCUGGAAUUGGUACGGGGCUCCUCUUGCCGUCUUUUGACUUUGACGCUGGGUUCGUUUACGCUGAUUAUCUGUUUUGAUUCAAUGACGAGUUAUGGGGUUCCUGCGGUCGCUGGCCUGGCGAAUCUUAGUCUUUUCCCUGGUUUUGAUGGUGCUCAUCUUGACACACCACGCGGCAAUAGUGUGCGCCGGCUGCUGUCUCCUUCGCUCUCGCUUACCUCGGACGAAGAUGCAACUGUGUCUUCACGAAAAACUCGUUACGUGCUCAGCUAUGAUGACAGCUGCUUCGUUCUCGCACAGCAAAUUUACCGCGACCUUACUGACGCGGGUUUCUCUAUUUAUCCAGUGUCAUCACAUGACAAUUUGUCGGAGCUGACCAUGGUAUGUGAUGACAGUGCUGCCGUAUCUGCUGGCAAGAACAGUUCUCGUGAAGACGCACUUCAAUGGGCAUCGGUGGAAAGAGAUGGAAAAAUGAUUCUCCUGUUGACAGCGGAGAGCGUGGGGCGUCCGCAUGGCGUCAGCUUGAACGACGUGUCAGCAGCUAUGAGUGCGGGACUUGGGUUUGUGCCAUUGCUGGUGCGUCCGUGUGAAAUCCCGCUUUCCAUUUGCCGGAUUCAGUGGCUUGAUAUGACGGACUGCCUGCAUUACAGUGGUGGUGAUUCCAAAACUACUGCCAGUUUGAAUACUGUCCGGUAUGAAAGUCGCAAAGGUCAGCUCAUAUCGGCGCUGGAAGGAACGCUGGACCAUGAGGGUCAGCAAGCGCGGCUUUUUUCGCUGUUGGCCCCAUUCAACUUUCAGCGGCAAAUCAGCCAGCUUACAGAGCGCUUCAUCGGGCGAGAAUGGUUAUUCGAGCGAUUUCAGCAGUGGGUCCAGGGAUCAACGACGCUUUCGACUUCAACACAAACGGGAGAGCUGAUCAAUCGGCGUGUUUUCUGGCUAGUUGGUCAGAUUGGUUCGGGGAAAACUUCGGUGGCCGCUCAAAUGGUACAAACGUGUCCAGAAAUCGCAGCAUUCCACUUUGCUCGACAAGAAGAUGAGCAAACGCACAAUGCCCGUCGAUGUGUGCUCUCCCUUGCCUACCAGCUCACGACCCAGCUACCAGAGUACGCUCACUAUUUGCAGUCUCACGAACCUUUAGAAGAGAUGGUCCCCGUUGCUUCGUUUGUGGAGCUGGUCUCGCAGUUGCUAAUUGGUCCUCUCAAUGCAAUUGCACGGCCUACAACGUACAAGUCGCUGGUUUUAUUGAUCGACGGUAUCGAGUGGCUGAUCCCAAAUUCCUCGUCGUCAGCACCAUCGAUGCCAACUUUGAGUGGAGGCUCAAAAGAUGAAGAGUGUUUGGUGUCGAUGUUGCCAGCGCUUGCAUCGCGAUUACCGGAUUGGGUUCGAGUAGUGGUGCUGAGUCGAGAAGACCCUCCCGUGCUCUCCAAGUUGCAUGCAUUCGAGCCUGCCGAUGUGAUUAUUGAUCACUUUCAGCACGAGAAUGACCACGAUAUCCGCCGAUAUCUCAAUCUCUCUCUAUCGAAACUUCCUUUGAGCGAAGUGGAUUUCGCAAAAGCAUCAGAACAAGCUGUUGAUGUCCCAGCCAACAACCAUGAGUUUGGGUUGGAGCAAGUGGUUGAGUUGAUAGCACGCCGCUCUGAAGGACUUUUCCUGUAUGCUGUCAAUGUUGUGCAAGCUAUCACUGAAGGGCGUCUACGACUUCACGAACUGGCUGAACUACCGGUCGGAAUGGGUGCGUAUCUGCAGCAGUUCUUCGCGAGUCAUUUCUCCGAUCACGAUAUGUACAAGCAGCGUGUUCGGCCGGUGCUUGAGGUGCUUUGUGCUGCGUACGAACCCCUGCCACUUGCGACAUUAGCACGCGUUCUGGAAUGGGAUGUGUACGAACAACGUGACGCGAGUUCCGUGCUUGGGUCUCUCUUCUGCAUCGAAGCGGGGUACGAUGCAAAUUCGCAGCUAUUGCGACCAUUCCACUCGUCUGUGCUCGACUGGAUCCAGGACAGUAACAGCUCUGGGGAUUUUUUUGUCGAUGUGGCGUCCGGGCACGAACGAUUGGGUCGCUGGGCAGUACGCGAAUAUCAGGCGCUCACACGCAGCAAUGCCUUCGAGUUCGUCAACCUCAACUACGAGUUAGAAACGACAGGGGACGAGAAACUCAAGGCCAAGAUUUACAUCGUGCGCAAUGCCUGCAACCAUUUGAUGCAAGCCCACGGGGAGGAUUGCAUGCAGCGUGUGGCGGCGUUUGCAGCCGAUGAAAAGUUCCAGCUAGCACGUCGACUUCUUCACGUGCGUGCCGAGGGUCUGCAGAGCUUUUUCCACGGCGACAUUUCACGCGAGCGAGCGCAGGAGCUAUUGGCACGACGUCAGCCCCACCGUGUCGGCAGCUUUCUCAUACGCUACACGUCGCGACAGAGGACGUAUUGCGCGUCUUUCGUAGCUGCACUGGACGAAGCCACUGGAGCCCCCAAGUUUCGCCACAACCUCAUUCAUCACCUUGACAACGGCUCCUAUUCAACUGUCCCACCGGCGGAGGUGACGGAGAAGACGAUCCUGUACCCCGACCUCAUCAGCUUCGUGGAGCAGUAUCAGCGCAAGGGCGUCCUAACAGCUCCAGUCGCGCGAGAUGCCCCACUAAACCGUGAAAUCUCUAGCAACGCGGACGAGAAGCCAGGACAGUGA